AUGGCACGAAUAAUCAAAAAUUGCAUAACAAACCUAAUAGGAAUAUUGUUGGCGUUUGCACUGUGUGCAUUACUUCCUACAAACACUCAAGCCACUUCUUCACUCUCCGAGAAAUAUCGUGAAUGUGAAAGUAAAUUUUGGUACAAAAGUACUUUGGAUUUUAAAAAAUCACAAAAAUCAAAAUAUGAACCUUACGAUAAAGAGGAGAUGUUAAUGAAAUGGCAAAAAUAUUCUAAUUGUCGUUGUAAAUCCGCUUUAAAUGAGCUUAAAGGAAAAGAAAAUUAUUAUGUUUGUUAUCAAAUCGCUCAAUUUAAUAAAGCUUCGGGUGAAUUUAUUGGUGAAUUAUCCGUGUACAAAACGGGUGAUGAAAAAGUUGAUGUGGGCCUUAAAUUUUCUGAUCCUAAAAUAGUUGAUGGUCAAUGGACUAAAGAUGAUGAAGGUUACUUUCAUUCCAAGACAAGUCCUAAAUCGGUUGGAAAAGAUGGUAAAUUUUCCAUUGAAAAAUAUUAUAUUUCUGGUAAAAUUCCAAAGAAUAAAUCCUUGAAUAAGAUUACUUCAGAUGAAAUUUCUCCGUCUAAAUUAAAUGUUGGGAACGAUCAACAAAGAGUUUUUCUAAAAAAAGAUCAAGAAGCUAUCAUUCCUUUUUCUAAAUUCGUUGAUAAUGGGUUGAAUUUUCAAACUGGCGAGAAUCCAGAUGACGCAACUGACAACGGAAAGAAUCCCAAGAAUCCGGAUGACGCAACUGACAACGGAAAGAAUCCCAAGAAUCCGGAUGACGCAACUGACAACGGAAAGAAUCCCAAGAAUCCGGAUGACGCAACUGACAACGGAAAGAAUCCCAAGGAUCCGGAUGGCGCAGUUGACAACGGAAAGAAUCCCAAGAAUCCGGAUGGCGCAACUGACAACGGAAAGAAUCCCAAAAAUCCGGAUGGCACAGUUGACGGAAAGAAUCCAACAAAUGGAACAAAUGAUACUACUAAUGCAGAAACUAAUACUAUUCCAACAUCUUCCGCUCCUGAAUCUCCAAAAGCAAAGCAAGAAGAAGCAAAUGAGUUGCCAGGAAUGAAAAUGACAACAUCUAUCGGUCUAAUUAUAUUCGGAAGUGUUGCUGGAGCUGGUAUUAUUGUCGUUUUAUAUAGUACCUAUGGAAGGCGUAAAUGGCGCGAGCAUUAUCGUCGUAGACAAGCUGCCUUUGCUGAUUCAUCUAAUUAUAGUGGUGGACGAGCUCUCUAA